GUACACUGGUUGGCAUGUCGCGAGAUGGCCAAGCGGCGCAAGAGCAACGAUGGGGCGGCAGUGACCGUCAGCCUGCUGCUGCUGCUGACCUGUGUGUCCUGCGCCUUGAUCAUCGUCCUGCACAACAAUGGUCUGGUGGAUCAGGUCGCCAUGGCCUUCCCACAUCGUUUGGCGGACGACGAGGGUGCCGCAACCUCGAAGCGGAAAGGAUUGUCGGCAAUCAUCGCGGUGCCGGGUGGGCGUCUGGCACCAUCACCCUGCGGCGAGAACGGCGUGCUGCUCCACAGGACGGUGGAGGCCUUGUUGGACUCCAGCGGCGAUGUCUUGAUGGAAAUCAUCGUGGUCGAGGAUGGCACAGUGCCAGCCAUCCAGCGGCCCGACCUCACAGGUAUGGCCUGGACUGAGCUACAAAUCCCACGCCAGGAGGCAGGCUCCGACCUCAUCCAGGGUGUCCAGCUGCUUUGGCUCCGCCUUGCGGCGCCGCAGGGCACCGCUGCCGCGCGCAGUGCGGGGGGAGAGGCGGCACGAGGAGAGGCGCUGGCCUUCUUCGACUGCUACGUGAAGCCUCAGACAGGUUGGGCUGAACCCAUCAUGAAGCUCUUGCGGAAGCAUCCCAAGUCGGUGGCGGUGCCAGCACUGGUGGAUUUGGAUGCCAAGAGUUGGGAAACCAGCGGACCACCACGAUUCUUCGACAAUCUCUUCACUUGGGAGGCGGAGACCGUCCAGCUGUACUUUGACGAGCAUGUGACUUGGCCCCAUCCCAUCGAUCAGAGCAACGUCCUGGUCUUCAGUUGGAGCUGGUGGCAGGAGAUUGGUGGCUACGACAGCCUGAUGAAAGGUUCAUCCACUUUGCUCAUCGAAAACGUUGAGUUGUCUCUUCGCGUGUUGCUUUGCGGUGGGAAGUUUGUGCUGAUGAACGAGAGUGUGGUGGGCUUCUGCCAUCAGCAACAUGGCACCUUGCACCACGAGCGACGUGACACGCUCUUCAACCAGGCGCGUGUGAUCCAGGCCUGGUUCGGCCCUUGGUCCAGCGAGGCCUUAAAGAACCCUCGCUUUGAUCGCGACACCUCUGCCGGUGAGAUGUCGGACGUCCGAGCGGUGCAGGAGAACUUGAAGUGUGCAGGUUUGGAGAAGUUCCUAGACACAUACCGGGUGCCUAUGGAGAUCUUGGGCCUCCUUCCCAGUGAGGUCUACUCCUUGCGAGAGGAAUCUACAGGUCUUUGUCUUCAGGAAUGGAGUAAGGACGAGUGGAAGCUGGGGCAGUGUCACGACUCUGCCAGAGGCCAGCUCUUCACCGGCAAAAACGAGCGCGUGGAGGGGGGAAAGCUGAGCUGUUGCAGUGGACUUGGGCCCUUCAAGACCUUGCUGGGCUCCAAUAGCUAUUGUCGCCUGGGUAAGCCUGGACCAUAUGGGUGCAUUCACCGCAGGCCUCCCAACAGUCAAGUUUGGACUCUUCGUGAGGACGGCCAGAUCUUUAGCGAAGAGAACGGAUGUUUGGUGCCUGCGGAGGUUGAUGAAGAGGAGCUUCCAAGUAACGAGGCCACUUGGUCGCCCUGUCGCUUCGCGACGGGCCGCGCUGUGGAGGAACAGCGCUUCCAUGUGGAGGACAUAGAAGGCAGCGAUUUCUUUCGCCUCGUGCUGGCCACAGGUCAUUGUCUGAUGGCCAUCUUGGGUGAAGACCCCCAGCCACCUCGCCUAGCCAAGUGCGAUCCGGAGGACAAAGAGCAGCAGUGGCAGUGGGCCAAGCCAUCACUCAGGCUUGGCCUGAAGCCGGCCUCCAAGCUGAGCACUUGUUUGGAUACGGACAAUGGGCAAAAACCCUUGAUGUAUGUGUGUUAUUCCAUGGAGGGCAAAGAUUCACCCUACGGCGUUGAAAACACCAACCAAGCCUUUUGGCUUACACCUGAGGGCCACAUCACGCAAUGGGGCCCUGUGGACGCAUCCUUCUCCAAUCUUUGCUUGGAUGGGUCGCAACCUCCGUUGACCCAGCGCCGCUUGAGCCUAGCGUCGUGCCAAGAUGCGGAACAGCGCAUGGUGCGGUGGAGCAAGGUGGGCGUCCGGGUGCCUUUGGAGACGCGCUUGGCGGAAAAAUCGGAGCUCGACGUCACGACGAAUGCGGCGUCGAUUUCAUGGCUCAGCAACCCGCCGCGCCGCGAAGCACGGGGUUUUUGUUUCGCCACCGAGCGGACACCGAAGAUGGGCGACAAAAAGGGUGGCGAUGAGAUCAAUUACCAGCAGGAAAAUGACUACAUGAAACGAAAGAUUGAAGUGCUACGGUACAGGAUCAUGAUCAAGGACGAGCAAAUCUUGGGCUGUCGGAAGUCAGAGGAUGGCUUGAGGAAGCGCAUCGCUGAAUUAGACCAAGCUUUUGAAGACGAGGCGGUGCGCUGCAGAGAGAACACGGCAGAGAUGAGUCGACAGUACCGGGAGAUGCAGGAAUCCUUCAAUGACACCAUCGACGUGCUGCAGAAAAAGGUUUCAGAAGCCAAAGCAGAGAUCGAAUCGGUGACCAAGGAGAUAGAGCAGGUAAAGAUCGAAAAGGAAGAAGUUCUGAGACAAAAGGACUUAGAGAUUGCGUCGCUGUCAUCCAAGAUGGAAACCAUGGCCUUCGAAUUCGCAGACAUGCUCAAGGAGACCUUGGAUAAGAUGAGCCAACGCAUCGAGGUGACGCACAAUAGCUGGGAUCGAGAUACCACCAAGCCGCCCUUGAUUAAUCGCCUCAAGGAGUUCGGCCUCAACGACGAGCCAAAUGACUGAACCCAGGACCGUUGACCCGUUUCACCUUUCCGGCGGAAGCCGCGCCGGCAGCGCUUCGCUGCACCCGGAGGGUUCAGUUGUGAGACAUCCCAGUGGAGUUAGCUUUGGGAUGGGAUGGGGCACAUGAUGGACAUGUUGAGGC